AUGGCGCGGCCCCAACGCCUGCACGUGGUGGCACUGGCACAUCGAGCGUUGCAAGCAUCGGCGAUCGACAAAGGGGUUGGCUCGGCGACAACAGGUACUCAAGGCAGGACGCAGGAAGCUCAGAAGUCAUACAUCAUAACUACAAUACGUGAUAGCUCUUGUCCUGUUGAUUCUUCUAAUCUUUUGGACAAUAACUUGGCCUUUGACUUCUCAGUCUCCAUUAGUCAUAGUAUUAAUAGAACAGCAAAGGAAGAACUAAUAGUUUGGUCAGAAAAAUGUGGAAGAGUAAGGUGCCAGAUGCAUGAUUUGGUUCAUGAUCUUGCGCGGUCCAUCUUGGGCAAUGAAAUUUCACUUGUGCCAAAGGAGGCAACCAUGCUCUCAAAGAGCUAUAGAUACUUUUCUUUGAUUAAUCAACCAAGAAAUAUUCGGCCUAAAAGUAUUUUUGGUAAGGCACGUGCUCUAUAUGUUGAUGAAAGUGAUAUCGCCAUAUUUGGCAAGGAAUUGAAGAAUGCAAAGCACUUGCGCAGUAUCACGAUGGAAUCUUUGUCUACAAAAUCAGUACCCACUGCCAUACUGCACGUAAAAAAUCUGAGGUAUCUUAGCAUAUCACACGAGAAUUUUGAUACACUUCCUGAGGCUAUUUCAGAUGUUUGGAGCCUGCAAGCGCUUCAUGUAACAGUCUGUCGUUACCUUAUCAAGCUACCUGAAUCCAUUGGUAAGCUGCAGAAGUUGAGAACACUAAAUUUGUCAGGAUGUGAUAGCCCAAUGAAUUUACCAGAUUCUGUUGGCGAUUGCCACAUGAUUUCAAGUUUAGACCUUUCUAUUGCAAGAAGAUUCCAGUGUUGCCGAACUCAAUAA